CCUUUCCUGAUACUCAUACUCCCCUCCUCCGCCCUCGCUCGCUCGAUCAGUCGUCACUUGCUGCAACGAAUCUGUUAUUUUCCUUCUCCAUUAACAACAACACAAAUGGCGGCAGCUCUCGCUUCCAGAUUAUCCCGAGGAGGACGUUCAUUGCUUGGAGGUCUUAACAAUGUUGGUUUGAUGAGUACUUCUUUUAAUGGAAUGAUGAAUGAAACUAUCCUCUCUCAGCAGCAACAGCGCAGGACAUUUAUUCAAAUGGGAACAGUUCUCAAAGUAGUGGACAAUUCGGGUGCGAAGAAAGUGAAGUGUAUUCAAGCUCUAAAGGGGAAAAAGGGAGCUCGUCUUGGCGAUACCAUAGUUGCUUCCGUGCAAGAAGCAAUGCCAAACGGUAAAGUGAAGAAAGGAGCGGUUGUUUACGGUGUGGUUGUUCGUGCUGCGAUGCAGAGAGGUCGUGUUGAUGGAAGCGAAGUUAGGUUUGAUGAUAACGCUGUUGUUCUUGUCGACAGUAAAGACAAGAAGACCAAAACCGAUCGCCAGCCGAUUGGUACUAGAGUGUUUGGUCCUGUUCCGCAUGAGCUUCGCAAGAAGAAACAUCUCAAGAUUCUUGCUUUGGCUCAACACAUUGCUUGAGACACAACAAUAAUAAUCCUCCUAUGUUUUUUUUUUUUUUUUUAUGGUCCUCUUCAGUAAACUCUAGUGUUACCUCAUGUUUUUUCUUUUUGUGUUAUAAGGAAUUAUUAAGCUGCUUUAAACUUUCAUAAGUCCCCAAGGUUUAUAGGCCUUUGUGCCUUGGAUUUUUUUUUUUUGGUC